CUCUCAUCCUGUCCUUGGUUCUUCUUCUUGGUCUUGUUCAUUCUUAUUCUGUUCUCCUCUCCUCUAGGAUGGCAUGUUUCCCGCGUUCCACCCUCCGAUGAUUUGCAGAAUUUUCUGUCUGACUGUCUACCCCGUCUCCUGACCCCUUCGACGUCCAUAGCUAUACCCCCCCUUCUCCGUCACCGGACGGCUCUCACCACCACCAAUGACAGAACCCACCACUUCCCGCCUUCCAAGUGUCCUGCUGGAACCUCCUCCAAAGGGUGUGGAGUUGGAGGACCCCGGAGCCCAGGAAUCCGCUGUCGAAAGUGAUGAUGAACAUUUCUCCGAUGCAUCCGAAGGCCGGAACAACACUGGACUUCCACGACUUGACAUUCCUCAGCCUCAAGAGGUGAAAAGCCUUUGCGUGAACGUGCCCCUUAGCCCUGGCGGCACUCCCAUACCACUCACUGUCGUCGAGAAGGUGGAUCCAGACGACGACACAAGAUACAGCGACGAACCCGGGACUCCGGCAUAUAAAGCUCGGAAAAUGGAUGCAGUUCUCGAUCUGGUUUAUAAAAUGGGUGAAUGGGACCCCGAACUAUCUGCUAAAGCUUCACAAACCCUGUCACAGAGUCCUUCUACCUCUCCUCUUCCUGAGACAAAGCUGUCCCGUGUGGAUUCUCCACCGGAAAGGAUAUCCUCGCCAUCAUCGUUUUCUGCCCAUAAACGGAGGCCAAGUGAUGCACUUGCCGAUGUCGUGGAAGAUGUGCAAGAUAUCGAUGGUUCAACCGCUUUGCCCGGAGGUAGAGCCUCUUCACAAGAACUCGACCAGAAUUCUAGCCCGAUAGCCGGUGGAUUUGGGAAUGGUCUUGCUCAUGAUGAAGAAAAUGCACCACUUGGGGAGGACUUCGACGAUUUUAAAGAGGGCGAUGACGACGCGGAACACGAUGACUUUGGUGAUUUCGAUAAUGAGUUUCAGGAAGCACCUUCAGAUGCUGCUAUCGACAUCGAGCAUACAGAGGGCGGCUUUACGCCAAUGGAGACCUCUCCUACGUCGGCUCCUGCUCUUUUAGACCUUAACUCUAUUGACUCGCUAUCGAACCUCCUGGAAGUUACGUCGGAUCACCUUGAUGAUCUCUUCCCCAAAUCGGCAAGCCUCUUCACACUACCUCCAGUUGACCCUAUCCCCGAUUCUUCCGCAAUAUUCAGCACAGAACGCUCCUUAUCACUUUGGUCACAACUAGUCGCUCCACCACCACUCCAACCUCCAAAUUGGACGAAAUCCCGCAUCCGUCGCCUCUUCCUUGUCUCCCUUGGUGUACCCGUUGACCUCGACGAAAUCCUUCCCGCAUCCAAACAAAAGAAGUUAGUCCUUCCCUCAAUUACAAUCGACGAAACAACCCGCAACUCCCACGAUGCAUCUAGGCGACUGCGAAGCAACCCCAAGAAAUCACAUGAGGGCAGUGAUCGAACAGCCCGCUCAUCCACAUCUACCGACACUAGGCGCUCUGGAUCGCGCAACCGUCCCUCGCGUCGUCGCCGUGGGCAGCCGUCGGCACCGGAAUUGGAUCUAUCCGCCGUGCGACGAUUAUGUGCAACCACAGAUGCCGCGCUGGACGGGUUCACGGACGAGGAGAUGCAGCAGCAUAUUAAGAUCCUCGAAGAAAUGACGGUCCGGGCGAGUGGGGUGCUGGAAUACUGGUUGAAGAAGAGAGAUGGUCAGGUCGGCGAGAAGGAGGCGUAUAACGGCGUUAUCGAAAAUCUGGUGAAACACGCGAGACAGGUGAGAAGUUGAGAUUUGGGAGCGCAGAAAUGGAGCAACGAAGAUGGAGAAACAAUUCUCAUCUAAUCAUGCGGUUCGCCAUUUCGGAUUUAACAUGUAUAAAAUCCCCUCCUAAUCAAAUAUGAGCGGAGGAAGGCUGGAUCCUUCCUUUUGAUCCUUAUCUUCAGCCCUUAUAUCGUUCGAUAUGUACUCUUUAAUCUAUACUACAGUACCAUUAUUUUCUGAUUCCUUAUUUCUGGAUUUUAUAGUCGUCUGGCAAUAAUAUUUCUCAUCUGAGAGUAAUGUUUUAUGCCCCGACUUUCGUAUGUACGUCCAUGCAUCGCGGUGUCGCCUGCCAAGAUUGCACCGAGUAUCAUUUCAAGCACCGCUAGGUGCCGGCUUGACUCAGGAAGACAGGCACAAAGCGCAUGCGUAUUGAAGAAAAGCAUCAUUACAAAAGCACAUGCAGAAAAGUCAGCAAAAGAAGCGCAAAACAGAUUUCAAAAUAGCAGAGGGCGCCGGUGUCUAGCUUUUCCUGCCACAAACACGCUUAUACCCAGUUUUAUGACGCAUCCAACCCAAAUGAAUUAAGAAGGAAUAAGGCAGAAAGGAACGUGACUAUAAGAAAAAAAAAAAAAAUCUUUUCACGGUGAUGCGGUUCUAGAGCAAGGUGAGCCCAAUGCGUCUCAGACUGGGAAAACAAGAUACGCAGCGCUGUAGGAUCUUGGGGUAUCAUAAGUUUGAGAACAAUCAUACAAGCAAAUCGGAUAUUUAAUCGAUUUCGAUAAUCUCCGGUGCUGGCCUUUUCAUUGACGUUUGGGGGUUCCUAAAUUCAGGGGCGGCGAUCCCAGGAAUGCUGGUCUCCUUCUUGUGUGUUACCGGCGAUUGCUGGUCUGAUUCGGUUUUCGGAAUCCAAGUACCAUCCAGCUUGACCAGAAUGGCCUUUACUUCAUCAAGCUGAUUUUUCUGAACCAGCUGAGAACGGAUGUCAAGAAGGAAUUCAUCUAUUAGCAAUGACUGAGGCCGUGCAUCUUUGCGGCAUAUUGGACACUUCCAAUUUUCCGCCAUACUGUGUCCAGUACCUGUAGGACGAGUGGCGAGGAAAGUGUCAAGAUCGAAGCAUUCCCAGUGCGAACAGAGCUUGCCACGAACAGGAGUUUCAAAAAUACGGGCCAUAAAAGGGUCAACCAAAUCAAUUGCAAUAUAAUCGUCAACAAUAACGACUUCAUCGUCAUUGGCAAUCGCAUCUUGAAGCUUUUUGAUGAUACGGUUGAGAGCGGUGGCUUUCGGGAG